GAGUGGCGGACAUCGCAGGAGGUUUCAAAGGCUAUCGAUAAGCGUGUCUAAAGGUACUCUGGUUGGCUUCGAAAUGGAGUCAGUAGUUCUGGAAACGAGCAUGGGCGACAUCCAACUGGAACUGUAUUGGAACCAUGCCCCACGGACAUGCAAGAACUUCGCGGAACUAGCGCGACGUGGGUACUACAAUGGGGUUAUCUUUCAUCGAGUUAUCGCAGACUUCAUGGUGCAAGGAGGCGACCCCACUGGUACGGGCAGGGGUGGUACGAGUAUCUACGGACAAAAAUUCGAAGAUGAAAUUCAUCCUGAGCUACGAUUCACGGGAGCAGGCAUCCUUGCGAUGGCCAACUCAGGCCCCAAUACAAAUGGUUCCCAGUUCUUCUUAACCCUGGCGCCAACACCUUAUCUGGACAACAAGCAUACCAUCUUCGGGCGAGUAAGUUCUGGAAUGCGGGUUCUCCAGCGGCUAGGCGCCGUCGCAACCGACGCGCAAGACAGACCGACGGAAGACGUCAAGAUUCACAGGGCUCGGGUUGUGUCUUGAUGCAAAGACCGGGAAAUUGCGACACCAUCGCAAGCAGCCCUGCCAGCUGAGAGAAGGAAGCAAGCUUCUGGAGAGGGUCUUGUCUUCCAAUCACACGUGCUCCUAAAUGUUGCCCACUCUAACUGCCCCGAGACCCGCCGUGCCCGUACGAGCCGUCAGCGGGUCGUUCACCAUCACGGAGCGUCCCUUGUGGCGCCAAAUAAUCAAGUUUGUAUCCCUUUAUUGCUGCCGCCUUGCAUAAUGACGCUUCGACGACGUCCUCUCUCCCCGCCGGUGUAUUAAAUACUCACCCUCCAAGGGUCGAAUUUCUCAUGUUAUAGCAUGCCGAACCGCUUCAUCUUGCCUCCGCAAUGCACGACGAAAUCCCGAC